UGUUCUGGUAUGCUUGGCAUUCAGUCAAAGCUACCUGUGGUGACAGAACAUUUGCUGAGCAGUGGAGCUGACUGUUACAAGAAGACACACAAGGGAGUGUGUAUAAAGCAUGGUGCAGGAAAUGGGCAGUGAGUGAAUCUCUGGUGGUUUGUGAUGUUGCUGAAGAUCUGGUGGAAAAGUUGAGAAAAUUCCGGUUUCGCAAAGAAACCAACAAUGCAGCCAUUAUAAUGAAGAUUGACAAGGAUAAGCAGCUGGUGGUACUGGAUGAAGAGCAUGAGGGCAUUUCCCCUGAUGAACUAAAAGAUGAGCUGCCUGAGAGACAACCUCGAUUCAUUGUGUAUAGUUACAAGUAUCAGCACGAUGAUGGAAGAGUUUCUUAUCCAUUGUGCUUUAUCUUCUCCAGUCCAGUCGGAUGUAAGCCUGAACAACAGAUGAUGUACGCUGGGAGCAAGAAUAAGCUUGUACAAACAGCUGAACUCACUAAGGUAUUUGAAAUAAGAAAUACAGAAGACCUAACUGAAGAAUGGCUGCGUGAGAAACUGGGCUACUUCCAUUAAGAGAACCUCUGUAUUAAGUAUUUAUAUACCAUCCUGACAAUACUGGAACCAGACAUGAAUACUUAUGCCUAAAAAUGCACUAUAUUUACAGCAGUUUCCUGCAGUAUAUUUCUCAUACAAAGUUUGAGCAAGGAGAGGAAGAUUAGUCUCCGUGAAGUAAAACUUUGCAAAGUGUUUUCUUGUGUAUAACUAUAAAAGGAAAUACUUUUCUGCAGGGAUUCUCUUUUUGCACUCUUGUGACUAAUAUUUCUAUAAUUACUACAGUUCAGAAACUUAACUAUUUACAAACAUUUGGAAGCUGACACUAACUUUUCAUGAGCUGCAAAUACAUCCUUUUGACAGAUACUGUAUACUAGCAGUUUAUAUGUUGAAAUAGCAUACGGCCACUUGUUAAAAUUGAGAAUUUUUUUGAAUUUCCCAAAUUAAAGUCUAUGGAAGUGUUUAAUAUUAAACUGAAACCAAGUAUUUAUAUGACAAAAAUAACUUAAUGUGAAAAAAUUCUUUUUAGGACUUUUCAGGACUGAUUCUCUUUAAUUUUAAUGAGUAUCUCACUUGAUUGUGAGUCAAUCUAAAUUUCAGGGCAAAGUUCUAUGACCACUAGUCAGUCAUAAACUAGUUUCUGUAAGACUAUUUUAUAACUCUUAAGGGCUUAAUUACAAUAUUGGUUACAUGCAUUCUGGAUUUUUACAUGCGAGACUUAAUAUUACACUAUUUAUAAAUUAACCUCUUCACUCCCAUUACCUGUUAUAUGAACACCUGUUAAUACUGCGUGCCUUUAAUUUGUUAGCUUUAAAAGGACUAAGAAUUUUACACUAUUUACUCCAAAUCUGGUAAAAACUAACCUUUGUUAAAUGGUCUAAGUAACAUGUUUUCUAAUGCCUAGUGGUGCAAUUAAACAUUUAUAAAAUAAAACACACCUGGACUUAAAAUGCCAGCUGUCUGCUCCCAUCAGUGAAGACCUGGGAGUGCAGGAGUUCAGAGCUCUUAAGAACUUAUGAGAGAUUUAGAAUAGUCUGAUUUUUGUUGUUGAGAAACCUUGGCCAUAUAUAGACCUUCUAUCUUUUUAAUGAAAGGAGGUUUCCUAACUUAAUUGCUUGUCAGUCAAAAGUACAUUCCAGCUAGGACUUCUGCUCAUAAGUAACCUCAUUCAAUCUUGAAGUUUCAUCUCUUUUUGGUAAAACGGCAAAAAUUCUAAUAUGAAAAUAGUACUUUUUAUAAUCUAGCUAAAAACUAACCCUUUAAAGGGUCUGUUUUUAUAUAAAAGUAGAAUAGUAGUUUGAGAUGGGAUAUCCUGUUUGGCCCAUGCAGUGGCAAACAGGUACUCCUGUGACAGUAUCUCAAUUAUGACUCACAUGAGUGUUUGUCAUGCUACUGAAUACGUGGCUUCUCAUGAGCAGCUUCUAGUCAUGAAUAGCUGUAGCUUAAAGUAUAGUUGCCCUAAUAAUGUGUGUUUUGGUGAGGAGGAGUGAAUUAAUCAGCUGUUAAUUUGGGAGGCCAGUAUUUCAUUCUGUAAAACCUUUGCUGGGAGAAUGCAUGUUUUCUUGCAAACACAUGCUGUGUUAAGAGUAUUAAACAUGACUCUGUUUAAGAUGACCGUACGCACCCAUGCAGUGCUCUUCAGUAGCAGCAGUUCAUGUUUAGCUUGACUUAUUGAUUUAUUCCUCCUUCAUACACACACCUCUCAAACAUAAGAGGGCUUUUCAAUGUGUACAGGUUAUGAUGUAAUUGGGAGACCAUUAGUUCAGUGUAGGAAAAGUGACUUAAUUGGAGGAAAUAAGAUCCUUAUGUUGAUGGAUUGAACUGGAACAACAUUAUUUCCUCAUUUCCCUGGACAGAACGUGUAUUGAUUGUAAAAAAAUGUUCCUUUGUCUUUCUCAUGUGCUACAGAUCAAUAGAAGCAAUUUCUUUAGUGGCAGACUUGUAUAAAUAAGGCUUUCAAAAGCAAUUUAAAAAAAAAAUCCGACUUGAAGGUCUUGCUUCACUUGUAUUGCAUGAACUAGAAGGCAUUGUGAUGUCAAAGUCCAGUAGGGCAGAAAGAAACUGCCAGUUGUGCUGUGAGCCUGUGACAUUCUUUAAUAUUCAGCCUAGCUUGCGGUGGGAAAACUGGAUUUGUAAACCUCUAACCAGACCAGUGUGCUUUGUAUGCUAUGUUGGACUGGCAAUAGCCACCUUACUACUUGCACAGGGUUUAGCAGGAAGAAUGCUCAUAAAGGGGGGGAGAAAUGUGCCCCAUCAAGAAAACUGUUCUUAAUGUGUCUUUUUGGAUGAAAAUAUGGGGUUUUCUGCACUAAACUUAUAAUUGUACUUACAAAUUAAGUGAUUCUGUGAGAGUCACCUGGGGUGUCACCAGUUCUCUGCACAGAGUCUCCUCCUGCCUUGAUUCCCCAUACCAAGAGCACUUCCUCCUGUUCAGUUCUUCCCAUUGCUCUGUAAGUUGUCGUCCCCUUUCUUCUCAGUUCUGCAGUGAAAGGGAGGGAAGUAACUGCAGCUACUGUGUGGGGAGUCCUUGCGGAGAAUAGCCCUAAAACAGCAGCUGAUCUACACUUAAUAUAUGUCAAGAUACUGUACAGUCUCCUGCUGCUCACUGUCCAGGUCUCAAGGUCCCAGGACUGGCUCUGAGAUAUGGUAGUGUGCAGAACUCCAGUACUUUUAAAGUAAAGGCAUGACUAACCCCAUUCAAAUCUCUGUGGAUGUGAGAUUUGUAAUGCUGUCAUAUCGCUGACUGUUGCUCAAACUGCCUUUCUUUACAGCUACCCAUGAAGAUUAGCAGGAGGCAGAUACAUGGUGUUCGGAAAGCCAGUAUAUUCUAACUUUGCUUAUUGUUAGUUUAAUUUAUGCCUAUCUGAUGUAACCAAACUCCUCUCUUCUCUGCCAGUGUUUUUGAGAUCUCUAAAAAGAACUCAAAACAUGGGACAGAGGUGUGCUUUAAUUAUCAUGAGACUUGUUGACCUUUAGCUACAAAGGUUAUUAUUUUUUUCAGGAGUCAAUAACUCAGCCAUAAAAAUGUUUCCUGACCAGAGACUUUACUUAAAGGUCUCCAACAGGUGGUGUUUUUUCUGCCACACUUAAUUUGGCUGUUUUUAAAUUUCAAAUAGGUGUAUGUGGCAGGGAGGAGGGGGGGAGAAUCUCUUGUAAUCCCGUGUGUGAGAAAAAGCCAAACUGACUAAAGCAUGAGCGUUUUUGCAUGUUUUCACUUCAUAAGAUGGACUGGUUCUAUUGCAUAUGUUCGUGAAAAAAAUUAAAUGCGAUAUUUGGUGGUUUAAAAGUAUUUCUCGUACUAUGUAGCCUCCCUUGAUAGACCAGAAUGUCAAUAAUGCUGGGAUCUACACCUUCCAAUGUAUUGUGUAAAGGUGCCUUGUACAUUCCCAUUGAGCUGAGAUUUUUGUGUCUUAAACUAUAAAAUGACAUUUAGUCCAGAAGUUGCAUUAAAUUAAUGCUAAGGGUCAAAGUUAAAUGUGCAAAAGCAAGGGAAUUCCGAUUUUAAAAAAAUCGCUCUGAUUUCUCAGUUGUGCUUUGGAAUGUAAGCAUGUCACAGCAUUCUGCUCAGACUGCAAAAGUGAGUUGUGAUGGGAGUAAAGGCUGCAGUGAAAGCUCUCCAUUUCUUUCUUUGCGUUUAUUACGUUGGUCAGGUGUACAGUGUUACCUUUGGGUGCUGAUUAUGUAUGCCAAGGCAAGCUGCCAGUGCUACAGAUGGUAAAAAGAUCAGGAGCCUUGAAAUAUUGAUGGUCAGUCUUAUUAAUCUAACAAUUCCAUGUAACUGUUAAUGCCAAUAACUGGCACAACUUCCAUCAGGUAUUUAGUCUCUGCUAGUUCACACUGCAUGUUUAUUUUUAAACCAAAUCGUUUGCUAAGCAUGGUGCUUGUACUGGUUUAAAUAAAAUGUGAAUACUCAAAUCAC